AAAUCGAAUACCUUCGCAUCCUCGCAGCCAAAGGAGAAAAAAAAGGAGAAGAGUAGGAGAUCCUGUUUACAUUUUCCGAGUAGUUUGACACACACAGCACAGAGUCAGUAGGACAACAACUAGAGUCUCUCUCUCUCUUUCUGCUUUCCUCUUUUCUCGCAUCCAAACGCCUUCGCCUUUGAUAAUCUGACACAUAGCAACCACCACAACAACAACAACAAACAAGAAAAAGAAGAAAAAAAAUAAAGACAGUUGAGAGACGUGUGAUUCCCCCAUUUCUUCUUCUUUUUUUUUCCUGACCGUAUCUUGUUGGGAAAUCAUCUUUUUCACGUAUCCACGCGUUACCAUUUACACGUUCGCAUUUGAUUUCUGAAACUCUGGCUUGAGUUUCUUACCCCAAAAAUUAUUUAAAAAAAAAAUAAAUGAAAACUCGUGUCAAAAGAAAUAUAAAUAUCGUAUUCCAAAAAAAAACGAACCGGAUUCAAAUGAUUCCAUUGAUAAUUAAGCACCGCCGCUUUGCUUCUCCUCCGCCAAAAGCACCACCGACAUUCCUGACAGUUAAGAAAUCACGCCGUUAAAGUCCAGUAUAGGCCUCGAUUGGAAUUAAUAUUUUCUUUUUUUUAUUGUGUUCACAACCCCUGGGAUAAAACAAAAGAAUUAAAUAAAACCCCAAGAAGAAAAAUAUGAAUAAUUAAAAAUAAACAAAUGUAAAGCUUUUUGGUCGCGCUGUGUGUGUUGCCAACCGAUUGAUAAUUUCUAUAUGCCCUCAACCUUUUAUUUAGUGACUGAAAAACCAGGAUUAACUGCUCGUCUUCCCAAAAAGGCAAGCGGUUUCAUUCAGCCGGUAAAUGGGGUUCUGCCAAAAAUUGAUUUUCACACGUUAUCACACGGACUCUGGUGCCAAGUUGAUGGCCACCUGGGGUCCGCUGCCAAUCUGGUUUAUAAUGAUAGUUGCUCUCCCUGCAAUGUAACCGGGUCAAUGCUAAAACAAGGUGAUGGCCCAUGGUAUAUGCCACCCUUGAAUUGCAUUAGAUCUUCCGGAAACUGUUUUUUGAUUGUUCUUGCGACAAGAUCAUCAAGCGGUUGUGCUGUUCUAUCUUACCUUUAUGAUAAUCUGCGCCAAUCUGUUUUGGAUAAUUUCUGGAUUAUUAGAGAAUUUUUGAAAGAGAAAACCGGGAUGGACUAUGAGAUCCACAUCAUUCAGGAGGCAGCCGCCAAUGGAUCUAUCCUCAGUUUGGAGUCGGAUAUGACACAUCACGACAGAUCGAGCGCUGAAUCCAACGAUCUCCAUCUUCCAUUGGCUCAUGCAUCGGAUCUUUUCAAGUUCCAUUACAUGCCCAAUUGGAAAGUGGGAUACAUGCUCAACUACCCCGGGGAUUUCAAUGCGAAAAUUUCUAAUUACGUCGCAAAUUUGAAGGAUUUACAAAAAGCAGGAAUAUCGCCUGCUGAUGUCAUCUACAUGACACAUGGUCUGGAAAUUACUGCAUCUUCCAAAAAACAACAGGCGGUGUUAAACCAGAAUUUUGCAUUUUUGAUGGACAAAUGCUACUGAAUGAUGUUAACAUCAUACGUUCCCCUGGCAGUAACGGCAUAGCAGACUGUAAACAUCCAUCGGUAGCUGGUUUUUUGUCGAAAGCUGGAGGACGUAAAUACUAACUAACUAUUUCAAAUUAACAAUUACUUUUCAAAAUUUUUUUAUUAAAGACGGAGUUACUCGUACGGUACGGCAUGAUGUCAGGCGUAAGGUUCAGGCAGUUCCAAAACAGGACUGAAAUUAGUUGGAUUGGCAGAUAAAGAAAAAAGGAGAUAA